AUGAGUCUCUGUCUCAAUCGGCUCACUGAGGAAAGGAAGCAAUGGCGUAAAGACCAUCCGUUUGGAUUUUACGCUAAGCCAAAUCGUAAUGCUCAAGGAGUCCUGGAUAUGAAAAAUUGGGAGUGCGGAAUCCCUGGCAAAUCAAGCACUUUGUGGGAAGGCGGGUUGUUCAAACUUCAGUUGAUUUUUCCAGAAGGUAAAUUUGUGCCUCCUCUAUUCCAUCCAAACGUCUAUCCUUCAGGCACUGUUUGCUUGUCGAUCCUAAACGAAGAAGAGGCAUGGAGGCCUGCAAUUACAAUCAAAGAAAUCCUCCUCGGGGUUCAAGACCUUCUCAACGACCCAAACCCAGAAUCUCCAGCACAGGCGGAUGCUUACAACCUCUAUAAAAAGGAUCGCGCAGCUUAUGAGAAAAAGGUACGGCAGGUCGUGCGGGACAACCCAGCACCCUGA